AUGAACGUACCCAUCUCACUCAUCCCAAGCGACACAACUAUGAAUGUACCCGUGCCACUCCUUCCAAGCGCCGCAACCCCCGAAUCCAAAGAUAUAAUGAUUGGAAACAUGCCGCUCUCACUCUUCAUUCCCAUCUGCAUCUUCGGACCGAUGCUCUGUGCGACGCUCGUCCAUCUAUACGUCAAAAAGAGCAGGCAGGUAGAUCGCGAAAUGGAUCGGCAGCGACACGGCGGUGAUGUGGAAAUGCAGCUUCGGGAGUUCUUAGGGGUGCGGGAGCAGAAGGGACGGGAGAGUGUGAGGGAAGUUUAG